GUUGAACAGUGGUCGAGGCCUCCGGAAGCAAGCCCAAAUAGCCCGGGCUUGGGGUCCAAGCAACCCCGGCUCGGCUCACGAGCCUAAGCACAUGGGCCGUCUUAGAAGUAGUAGCCAUCCUCUCGGUGGACCUUGGAUUCAUCUGACUGACUCAUAUCUUUUUGACGAGACAUACAGGUGGUUUGGUGAUGAUAAAUAUGUCAUGUGCACUGUUGACGGGAGUAGAAAAAUAAUUGAAAC